GUUAACACAAUAAUAAUAUGCUUUUGUCACACUCGUGCAUUUCUGAUAUGUUUAACUUUUUUAUAACAGAUUCUCCUUGAAAAGCAAAAUAUACAAAAUAUUAAAUUAAAAUAACCCUCAAACAAUAACAAAAACACCGUGGAAUGUAAUUUUAAUUUUGUGUUUUUUGUGGAUAUUGCUUAUUAAACGAAACAAUUCAUUAAAACUUAAGUGUUUAAAGUGCUUAAUAUUUCUUUAUUAGUAGGUAUAUCUUAAAGAACGCAAAUAUUUACUGUGAAAACUGUGAUUUCACAGGUACUACUAAUUUAUAUUUCGCAUCUAAUAUCUUGAGUAAUGAAAAAACGCAAAGCAAAUUCCAACCUCAUAAGAGUUACAAAUAAUAUUAUACCUAUAAAGCCUAAAAGUGUACCUGCACUGGCUGAGAACAAGAUGCCGAUUUGGGAGCCUCGUCAACCGAAUGCCGAAGAAACACACAUGCAAGCUCAGACCUCAGCUAUAUCAAAUCCCAAUAUUAUGCAGAUGAACAAUAAGCCUUUCUCAACAAAUUUGACUGCACCUGCAGAGAACAAUAUGCCGGUGUGGGAGCUUCAACAGCCCAAUAUCAUAGGAGUACAAGAGAGUCCCUUCCGACUUCAGCUGAAUCCGACACCCCAAACAACACCAAUGUUGCCAAACUUCCAACAUCUGCCCCACGAGCAAACGCAAUACCGACCUCAGUUGCCUAUUCACAUACACAACGACCUGAGAUCUUUUGUCCCGCCCACACUUGGAGUUCAGCCCUCACCAAACUUCGAAUCUAUAUUGCAGCAGCAACAGUUACCGAUAAUUCAAACUAUACCUCCAACGCAAGCAAUGUUUACGCAACCUCUGCCAUCAACAUCAGCAAUGCAACUUCCGCAACUGAUACCAUCGGCACAACUAAUGCAGCCUGCGCAACCAGUGCUGUCAGUGCCAGUCGCGCCACUCAUGCCGUCACCACACCCCAUGCCCGCACCGCUGCCGGUGCCGCCACCACAGGCCCCCUUCCCGCCGAGACAACAAACAUCAGCGGAGAGCCAUGUGAUCGCGUCCCAUCAGAACCCAUCUGCGCGGGACGCGUGCGUCGAACCUCCGAACUACGCAGCCUUGGAUACUUUACAAGAAACAGAAGACAGUAGACAAUCGACAUCACGGAACCCACCAGGGGCGUCCCUAAAUAAACGAGCGGCCCCCCACAAGCGGAGUGCCGCGGAAAAGCAGAAGAAACAGAAACUAACCACACAUUUGAGAUCCGAAAACACUCAAAGACCCCAGCAAGUAGGUAAACCAACAACGCCCAGUGAGUUCACCCCGGUCCAUCUCCGCGAGGACGUGCGGGCCAGCACGGAGCCCGUGGUGAUGCGGUACCUCAUGUCUUGGCCAUGGAAGAACGAAGUCAGGAUUAGAGCUUCUGCGACAGUCAGACACUCCAAGUCGCAGAUGAUAGCGGAGCAAGAGCUGAUGGAGCAGCAGUACAGCGACCCGGCGCAGUUCUUCCAGGUGUCGGUGCGCGGGCACGGCGCCGCCCGCCCGGAGCCCGUGCUGGACGCGCUGCUGGCCAGCGUGCGCGGACGCAGCCUCAUCCCCUGCUUCGUCCAGAUGACGGAAGAGGAAUGCAAAUUCCUGGUGAUUCGUUGCAAGACGGCGCUGCUGGCCAUACACAAGUACGGGUUCGUGCUGGGCGGCGACGGCGCGCGCAUGACGGUCACCGUCUCCGCGGUGGACAUCACCACGGCGACGCUGGACUUUUUACCCAAAGUCGUCCUAAAGAAGAUUUUAACGUCGAGGUACAAGGACGGUCAGCUGGACCUCAGCGCCUUCACCGCGGGGCCCGACAUAAAACACUUUAUCUACUACCCACUGAAUCGCGUCAGCAACCAGACGGAGAUAUUCCAAAUAGAGUCUACGUUCAUAUGGGAGAACCUCACGCACCUCAACCUCUCACGCAACAGGAUCACUUCGCUGGUCGGGUUGAACCUGGCGCAGAUGACGCCCCGGCUGCGGCACCUGGACGUGUCGCACAACGCGCUGGGUCGGCUGGGCGCGCUGCUGGCGGGGCGGGCGCUGCCGCUGCGCGCGCUGCUGCUGGAGGGGAACCCGCUGUGCGCCGACUGCACCGACCCCGACCGAUACGUGCAGCUCGUCCAGAUGAUAUUCCCUACGCUCGUCACCCUCGACGGGAUCCACAUCAAGAGGAAAGGGGAAAUCCCGAAGUCAGUCCGCAAGACGUACUGCCCGGACGACGCUAAGGAGAUAGUGCACGAGUUCGUGCAGGUGUACUUCCCACUGCUGGACUCGGCGCUGGAGCAGCGGGCCCGCCUGGCGCAGCUGUACCACCGACACGCGCUCGUGGACAUCAGCUACAACCCGGCGCUCAGGUCGCGGCGCGGCGCGGCGGGCGUGUGCGUGCGGGCGCGGCGCGGCGGCGGGCGGGCGGCGCUGCUGCGGCGGCUGGCUCGCUGGCCGCGCCUGCACCACGACCGCCUCUCCUUCACCGUCGACGUCUUGUACCACUCGGACGAAGCCACGAUCUUCAGAGUGGGCGGCGUCGUCAAAUUGACGUCUGAUUGUCUUGCUGACGAAGAAGAGAUGAUCUACUUCAGCAGGACCUUGGUGCUGAAGGCUGAAGGCACGACAGAAUACAAGAUACAUAACGAAAUGCUUUACUGGGACGAAGUCACCGACCAAACUGCAAAAGCCGCCUUCCAGGUCACGGAGGUUCCAACGACGCCGUUGAACCUGAACAUGGAUUCACCCGAGGAUGAAAUAAAACAGAAAAUAGUUGAAAUUUUUAUGUCUAUUACGAAACUUCAGAGUCAACCGAGUGAAAAGUGUUUAGAAUUGAACAAUUGGAACUUGAAGACCGCUCUGGAGUACUUUAUCAAUCUACUAAAAGAUAACAAUUCAGAUGAUAUUAUGUAAUAAAUAAGUAUGAAUAAGAUCUAAAGAUUUGGCAUAAAAAGAAUCCCUUUCUGCUAAAAGAAGCUACAUAUUAUAAGACAUGCGAAAUAUUUUAAACCUUUUGAUUAUCUAAAUAAGUAUUUUAUAUCUAAGUAAAUUAAAGCAUUUAAGUAAGGUGUAACUUGUUCCCACACUUAAAAGUACAUUAAAGAUUAAAAAGCAGUUGGUGAUAGAAAAUAUCGUUUCAGCUCGUCGUCAUUACUUUCUUUAAAAAGCUACCUAUAUAUCCGAACUCUUACUCGACCACACUUUCACCUCUAUUGCAUACCGUCAAACUAGCCAACAUUGCCCACAUUUUUUAAAUAACACUAGAUAUUUCAAGAUUUUUUUAUGUAGCCCAAUACAUAUUUGUUUAUCUAUGGCAACAAUAAGUUCAUAUGCAUGCAUAUGUUUACUUAAAUAUAACAUUAGUCAUCGUUUUCUCGAUAAUAUAAACAAUUUUCAAGGCGGGUAAAGUUAUC